UUAAAAAAUCUUCUAGCUAGAUUCCGUCCACUUACGGCUCAAAAUGUUUCUUCCAUCAGAAAAAGCUUUCAAACCUUCCCCAGUCCUGGGGACAGAUGGUUUUGCUGUAAAUCCCUCUUCUCAUGUCACCACACUACAUAAGUUGCAUUCACGCCAUGGGGAUAUUUAACAUUGUCGAAGUCUAAGUUUUCAGGAACAAAUAAUUAGAGAUGUUGAAACUCCCUGAUUUUAACGCUUUGAGGAUUGCUAAUGGAUAUGGGCCGACACAGUUGAAUCGCAGGAAUUCUUGUUAUCUUUUACACCAAUGGAGCAUGUACAGGAGCCCUAUUUGCAGAGCAGGCCAUUUUGGUGGCGAGUAUAGUGGAAAGGGUGCAUAUAACAGGAAGAGAACAGGUAGAAAUUCAAAUGGGAUAGGGGGCCAGCAGGAACAUUACACGGUAUUGGGAUUGGCCAAAGGUGCCACUUCUGCUGAUAUCAAAAAGGCUUUCAGAACACUGGCUCGUCAGUAUCAUCCUGAUGUGAAUAAGGAUCCUGAUGCUGAUGAUUCAUUCAAGAGCAUUCGACUGGCAUAUGAGGUAUUAUCAAAUGAAACCACGAGAUAUCAAUAUGACAUGGCUUUGAGAUUGCAAGAAUCAGGCAUAAAUGGUCAAUGGAGAGAAUCUGAACUGAAUGGGGGAAGAAGAUAUUCCUGGGCAGGUAUGAAGCGACAAACACGAGGUGUAACCUGGGAAGAUUAUUUUGAGGCAUAUGAACCUUCAUUUCGUUCUUAUGAAUAUGAGGAAUUUGUGGAUACAAAAAUGGAAGAGAAAGCACCUGUUCAAGAUUUGUUGAGAUAUGUGUGGUUUACUAUAUUCUGUUGUCAGAUCCUUGGGUCACACAUAGCUUUGAAUUUGUUUUGUUUUUGUGCUAUACUGAAUAGGCAAAUGACAGCAAGUUACAAGGUGGCUCACAUGAUAGCGUGGCUAAUUGGUGGUCAAAGGGGUAUUCUCCUAAUAUUGGCCUUGUCUUUUACUAGUUGGUUUAGUGGGAAACAAUAUGAUAAUCUCGUUGCUUUGACUGCACUUGCACUGUGGAUAGAAGUAGGCAUUGCAAGGUUUUUUCCUAUACCUCGGGGUGCCAUUAUGGCCAUGACGUAUUUUUCUUAUAAAUUACAACUUGAGUUAAGCUAGUGGUCCUCAUUAUCUACUUCAUUGACAGUUGCAAAUAUUCUUAUGUGAGCAUUACUCUAUCAACAGCCACUUUCCAUGUUACUGGACUUUGUAAAUUUAAAGAUGCAAAUAAAUGUGGCUUAGCCAAGCAAAAGCCCAUUUCCUGAUAUCUUGAAAGCAGCAAUGUAUUGGGAGGCCAAUGGUGGAGGAAUCGACUGUUGGAACAAUGGGAUCUCGAAUUGGGCAUGCUGACUCAGGUGAUAGCCCAUGGGAGCAUAGCAUCAUAUCACUUCGUUCAGCUGAAAGGGGGCAUUUGAUUUGUGGUGUAUGAUAUUUUGAUGUCUGCUUUCCUAAUUUUUUUGUGAUCAAAGAGUUACCGUGCCUUUAAAUGUAAGAUGAUGUGGAUAAUUAGAAUGCUCAUUUGCAUAAAUGAGAGUUACACUAGUGCUGUAAAAUAUAGUGAUAUUCUGGCUGAAAUUCCCUAGAAAGUAUUCAUUCUAUCAUAGAACAAGAGCAUGAGAAGGCAUACAAUGUAUACAGUUUCUAAUAUGGAAAGGCUUAUCUAGAAUAUUUUUUCUUUC